GGAAAGCGCGCGCGCUGGUUAAAGCUGUGCGGUGCGGGUUCGUCUGUAGGAUUGGUAUAUAAAGAACGGCAACGGGGUUAUUGCUGCUGUUGUUGUAGUUGCUGCUUGUGCGCCAUGGAGGCUGCGGACGCAUCCUGGGGUCCAUGGACGAGCCGUUUCUUUUGGUUGGGGGUGGCGGUCGUCGCCUUCUGGGUCUUCCUGCUGCUCCGCUACGUGCGGUACAUCUUCCGCCUAUGGAUCAAAGGGAACCCGGGGGCGGUGGGCCCACACCUGGGCGCCUGGGCAGUUGUAACAGGAGCUACUGAUGGAGUUGGAAAAGCCUUUGCAGAAGAGUUGGCAAAGCGUGGAAUGAAGGUGGUUCUUAUCAGCAGAUCUCAGGAAAAACUAGAUCAAGUUGCCAGUGAUAUAAGAGACAAAUUCAUGGUGGAAACAAAAACAAUUGCUGCUGAUUUUCAAAAUCGAGAAACUAUUUACAGUAACAUAAAAGCAGGCCUGGAAGGCCUUGAGAUUGGUAUCUUAGUAAACAACGUGGGUAUUGGUUAUCCUGUUCCUGACCGCUUCCUUGAUGUCCCAGAGCUCGAUAAACUAAUUGACAACAUGAUAAACAUUAAUUGCAUAUCUGUAUGUAAGAUGACACAAUUGGUGCUGCCUAGCAUGGUGAAAAGAUCCAAGGGAGUCAUACUGAAUAUGUCAUCUAUUGCUGCAGUUUAUGGGGCUCCGUUUAUAACCGUUUAUACAGCAACCAAGGCUUUUGUGAAGUACUUCAGUCACUGUAUCAAUGUAGAAUACAAAGACAAAGGUAUCAUUGUGCAAAAUUUUGUGCCGGAUUUGAUUUUUACAAAAAUGGCUAACAUUCCUAGACCAAACAUGUUUAGACCUAUGCCUGAACGCUUUGUAAAAUAUGCCAUCAACACAGUUGGCCUUGUGUCUGAAACUGCUGGAUAUCCAUUUCAUGAAUUUUUGGUCUGGCUGUUACAGAUUAUGCCAAAGUGGAUGACUGAUGAGGUGACAACAAGACUACUCAUGUAUGCAAAAAAUAAUCUGCUCAAGAAACGAAAGGAAAACUAGUAAUUUCAUCUUGAUAAAUUUCUCAGCAUUUUGUAUCUGCAUUCAAGAACUGAAUACUUUGUCAUCUCUUAAAUUCUUUUGGACCUGAGAUUGGCAUGACUGAAGAAAAUUCUGGGGGGCACAGGAAAAGCAGUGGCCUACUUGUAUGCCUUUAUGCUCUGCACAGUGGUUUUGUACUAUAUGUUAGAAGAUAUUUGAACAAUAAAGUUGAAAUAUAGCACUA